AUGCCCACUCCGGAAUCCGCCUCGUUCCUGGCCAAAAAGCCUACUGUCGCACCAACCUACGAUGGUGUCGAUUUCGAAGACAACGUCGCGGUACACAACGCCCGCGACGCCAUCAUUCGUGAGCAAUGGGUGCGCAGUAUGAUGUCCCGUCUGGUGGGUGAGGAAUUGGGCAAGUGUUAUGCCCGUGAGGGGGUGAAUCAUCUUGAGAAGUGUGGGGUUUUGAGGGAAAAAUACUUCGAAUUGCUCUCCGAACGCAAAAUCAAGGGUUAUCUGUUCCAGGAGAAGAACUAUUUCUCCAACGAGAAGUCCGCCUAG